AUGGCAUACGGGAUAGAGCUCACGGGUCGGGGCGGCCAGACGCCGAGCGACCAGGGUAACGAUACCGAAAACAUUACAGAGAACAAAGUCGCCAUUAGAACGGAUAUCCUCGACGUCGAGGAUGCUAGCGAUGAGAUUUCUACCAACAGCUCGCGGCCCUUACGACAGCGGGUCGAAGAGACGGAGCUGACACCGGACGAAGCCUUCCGAUGGGAUGUCAGUGGCGACCAGUCUCCAUUUCCGGAGGUUGCGGCUUGCGUACCAAACACGGAUGAUCCUGAAAUGGCAUGCAGUACUUUCCGCGCCUGGACACUUACGACCAUUUUUGUAAUGUUGUUUGCAGGUGUCAAUCAAUUCUUUAGUUUGCGCUAUCCGUCUCUCACGAUCGGCUAUGUUGUUGCCCAGCUUCUCGUCUUUCCCGUAGGACGCGCUUGGGAGAAUCUACCACGAUGGCGCUUACCACUGGGAAGAUUGUCCUUUGACAUCAACCCGGGCAGGUUCACAAUCAAAGAGCACGCUUUAAUUGUCAUUUGUGUCAAUAUCAGUGCCAGUGUUGCGUACGCCUCGGGGUCACUCGUGGCUAUCGUUAGCCCUGUUUACUGGAACCGGGACUACGGCGCGGGCUUUGGCUUUCUCUAUCUGCUAACAUCCCAGAUGCUGGGGUUUGGUCUCGCCGGCCUGGCCCGCCGGUGGCUCGUCUACCCCGGCGCCCUUAUUUGGCCUACCACCCUGUCAUCGACGGUCUUGUUCAGAGCGUUGCACGAGCCCCAGGAACAUGCUCCUGUAAAUGGAUGGACUCUUUCUCGGUACCAUUUCUUCAGCUGGUUCAGUUUGUUUGCAUUUGUCCUCUUUUGGUUCCCGGACUACAUCUGGACGAGUCUGGGCACAUUUGCAUUUGUCACAUGGAUUGCACCUCACAACCAAAAGGUGAACACAAUUUUCGGGAUGAGUUCUGGCCUCGGCCUGCUGCCGCUCAGCAUUGACUGGACGCAGAUCAACUUUGCUGGCUUUCCAUUGAUGACCCCGUUUUAUAUCACCUGUAACGCAUUCGCCGUGGUGGUGUUGUUUUACUUGUUUCUGUCGCCAAUACUGUACUACGCAAAUGUGUGGAACAGCGCAUAUCUUCCACUCCUUUCAUCUACUACUUACGAUAAUACGGGUAAAACGUACAACAUCACACGCGUUGUUAACGAAAAUCUCGACUUUGUUCUCAGCAAAUAUGAAGAGUAUUCGCCCAUGUAUAUCUCCAUGUCAUACUCGCUCACAUACGCGCUGUCCUUUGCUGCAGUCACCUCCAUCGUCGUAUAUACGUAUCUGUACAACGGCAGCGAAAUAUACGCAAAAUUCAAGAAUGCGCGGCAUGGUGGUGAAGAUAUCCACAAACGACUCAUGAACAGCUACAAGGAGGUUCCUGACUGGUGGUACGGUGUGCUAACUGUAUCUGUACUUGGUCUGGGGAUUCUGACUAUCCGUUAUUGGGAGACUGGGUUACCUGUUUGGGGGUUUAUUGUGGUAUGCUUCGGCAUGGGCGUACUCCUGAUCGUACCAGAGGGUAUUCUAGAGGGGACCACAAAUCAACGGAUUUUUCUAAAUAUCAUAACCGAGCUCAUCGCUGGUUACGCAUGGCCAGGUAAACCUAUUGCAAACAUGAUGGUCAAGUGCUAUGGCUACAACUCGGUUAAGCAUGGGAUGGACUUUGCGCAAGACCUUAAACUUGGACAGUACAUGAAAAUUCCACCGCGCGUCCUUUUCAUAGGGCAGAUAUAUGCGUCUAUCCUCGCCACUAUGACUCAAGUGGGAGUUCUCCGCUGGAUGAUUGGGCAUAUUCACGGGCUUUGUGAACCUACAAAUACGAACCGAUUUACCUGCAACGGUGCCUUGGUGGUAUACAACGCGUCGCUAAUCUGGGGCACCAUUGGCCCUCAACGCAUGUUUCAGUCAGGCCAGGUGUAUAGCGGUAUCAUGUAUUUUUUCCUUCUUGGACCCGUGGUCACAGUACUCGUCUACCUGGUCUAUCGCAGAUACCCUAAGAGCUGGGUACGGUACAUUAAUGUUCCCAUUUUCUUCAACGCAGCCGGACAAAUCCCCCCGGCAAAUACUAGUACGUUGGACAAGCACACUUAA